CAACAACAAAAACAUCUUCCAUUUUUAUUGCUGUUUCGGCGGCAAACCAUUUUUUCUUUUGUUGUCUUUUUUUGUAUUAAAAAAUACAUACUGGCGGUAGCUAAAUUUUCACAUUUCUUCACAUCAGGGUGGGCUACUAAUUAGAUAAAUUCAGGGAAAACUAUUCAUAGAUAAUUUGAAAGCCAGCGAAACAUGGAUUUAAAUGAUGCCGUAUUGACCUGUGCCAUUAAUCUUCAAUGGACAAAUGCCGUCGGUGUUGUGGGACGCAAAUUGGCCUAUAAAGUGGCCACGUUAAGACUGAUACGAAAUGAGAUACGGGAAUUGUUCAUAGAGCUGUCGGCCGAGAAGAUUAAGCCAAUGAAAUUUAAAAUGAAAGACAUUAUGGUACAUAAGAAAUUCAUGUCCGAGGGCAAGGCUUCGAUCAAUUUUAAGGCGGAGAAUUGUGCUAUGUACUUGUCAAAUGCACCACCAGGAACGUUAAUGUUUUUCCUGCGGACGGUGUUCAUUAAAAUGAAUGGUGGCGAAAAGCAGGAUGAGGCUACGACACAAAAGCAAUUAAGAGCUCAUAUGUUGUCGGGAAAUCCUAGUAAAUUUGAAGAAGUAUCCCCAGUAACUACGGCCGAAAUGGUCAUGGCACGUAAACGCGCCGGUCUCAUACCAUCAAGAGGCACAGCUACCACACCUUCACCAUUGGCAGCCAAGAAGCGUCGUUAUGAUGAGUUAAAAGGUGGCAGUGAUAAGAGUGGUCUGCCGGCUCCCAAAAAACUCUACCAAGAAUCACCUAUGGUCACUGAGGAAUCGGUUAAACUGUGUCAAGAGCAAAUGGAGGUGUUAAAAGCUUGUGUUUCAGGGAAAAAUGUAUUUUUUACAGGUUCCGCUGGUACGGGUAAAAGUUUUCUACUAAGGAAAAUCAUUUCAGCUCUGCCACCAGAUGGUACGGUGGCCACCGCCUCCACUGGUGUGGCAGCUUGUUUGAUAGGUGGUGUGACAUUACAUGCCUUUGCCGGCAUAGGCGGUGGAGAUGCUACCUUACAACGUUGCUAUGAACUGGCUUCAAGACCAGCCAAUGCUCAAGCUUGGCGUAAAUGCAAACGUUUGAUUAUUGAUGAAAUCUCCAUGGUGGAUGGUCAUUACUUUGAUAAAAUUGAAGCCGUAGCCCGUCAUAUACGACGCAAUGAUCGUCCUUUUGGCGGCAUACAACUGGUACUUUGUGGUGAUUUCCUACAGCUGCCGCCUGUUAUUAAACGUGAAGAAAAUCUCUCCGGUGGUGGUUCACAAACACCACCCCAACGUUUCUGUUUCCAGUCGAGUGCCUGGGAAAAAUGCGUAGAAUAUGUGUAUGAACUCAAAGAGGUACAUCGUCAAUCAGAUCCUGAAUUUAUUAAAAUUCUUAAUCAUUUACGUAUUGGUCAUUGCAAUGAAGACAUAACCAAGCGAUUAGUGGCCACCUCCAAGCAAACAAUAGAGUCUAAUGGUAUUUUAGCUACACAGCUGUGUUCGCACACCAACGAUGCCAACUCCAUUAACGAAUCAAAAUUGCAAAAUUUACCCGGUGACAAAGUUCUAUUUCGAGCAGAAGAUUCUGAUGCUUUAAUGACCAAACAAUUAGAUUCUCAAGUACAGGCUCCUUCUCAGCUAUAUUUGAAAAUUAAUGCUCAGGUAAUGUUGCUGAAAAACAUAAACAUUUCAGCGGGUUUGGUCAAUGGAGCACGCGGAGUGGUGGUGCGCAUAGACAAGGGUGUGCCAGUGGUGAAAUUUAAAAAUAAUACCGAAUAUGCCUGCAAACAUGAAAAAUGGAUUAUAAAAACUCCCAGUGGAGGAGCUGUGACAAGACGCCAAGUACCUUUGAAGUUGGCCUGGGCCUUUUCCAUACACAAAUCUCAAGGUUUAACUCUAGAUUGUGUUGAAAUGUCUUUGUCUAAAGUAUUUGAAGCUGGCCAGGCUUAUGUCGCCUUGUCACGUGCUAAAUCAUUGGAUUCUGUGCGUAUAUUAGAUUUUGACGCCAAACAAGUAUGGGCCAAUGCUCAAGUUUUACAGUAUUAUAAGUUAUUUAGACGUCGUCUACUAGAUACUACCAUGAUUCCUUUAGGUACUAAAAAUAAAGAAGAACGUAAGAAAGAUGGCACAGCCAAAGUCUCAAGUGCUUUGGCCAAACUUAAAAAGAGUCUCAUUAACAAGCCAUUAGUUUCUAUAAGUUAAAUUUUAAGAUUUACUAGACUCAUCUCAUGUAGAACAAUUUCAUAUGCCUAACUAUUAUUAAGUUAAUUAUUUAUUAUGCUUAAUUUGUGUGUAAAAUUAAGUUCAAAAGAAUCAUUUAACCAUUUAAAGGAAUUUACUUAUUAUCAAAUUGAAAUUUCAGCUAUUAUUUUUAAAACUUUAAGAUAUGAUUUUUGUGUUCAUUAUUUUCGUCUUUACUUUCUAUGACUAUUGUUUAGGAAUUAUUUUUUAAGUUUCAUUAUCAAGUUAAUAAUUUUCUUAUGCCUUUCUAGUUUUAUAACUUUGCAAUUUUAUCUUUAAGACUGUCCUAAAGAAGCAUUUAUAAUAAAAUGUAAUUUUUGAUUGUA